UUGGUGAUCUGGGUGGCUGGCCUGAAAAUGAAGCGGACCGUGAACACUGUGUGGUUCCUGCACCUUGCCAUCGCUGACUUCCUGUGCUGCGUGUCUCUGCCAUUCUCCAUCAUUCACCUGAUCCUUCAUGAGUACUGGCCAUAUGGCCACUUCCUCUGCAAGGUUAUCCCAUCAGCCAUCAUCCUCAACAUGUUUGCCAGUGUCUUCCUCCUCACUGCCAUCAGCAUUGACCGGUGCCUGAUGGUGAUGAAGCCAGUUUGGUGUCAGAACCACCGUAACGUGAGGCUUGCAACAGCGAUGUGCUGCUGUAUCUGGCUCUUGGCCUUCAUUAUGUGUUGUCCUGCCUUCCUCUACCGUGAGACCUUCAAAGAUGAAUUUGGCAAAACUGUUUGUAAUUAUCAAUUUGGAGAUGAUAAGGAUUAUGAAGAUUAUAUAGAUUAUGGGAAUUAUUCAGCCAUGAGCUUUGGCAUAACCCGAUAUCCUGGUGGUUUCUCCAGCACUGAUAUUCCUGGCACCCUGUACAAUGAUACUAUCUUAUUGGGGAACUUGAAUGAUUACAUCUCCUACAGCAGUCAGCCAACCACCUUACUGGCCAUAAAUAUUACCAGGAUUGUCUUUGGCUUCCUUCUUCCCUUUAGCAUAAUGGCAGCUUGCUACAUCCUUAUAGUCAUCAAGAUGCAUGGAGCCCGAUUUACCAAACCCCGUGGUAAGACCCUACGAGUGAUCCUGGUUGUGGUGGUUGCCUUCUUUGUCUGUUGGGCUCCAUUCCAUGUAGUUGGGGUACUGUCUCUCCUAGCUAUGCCAGGCACUGGAUUUAGGGAGGCAGUAGCACUGUGGGACCACCUCUCUAUAGCACUGGCCUAUGCAAACAGCUGCAUCAACCCUUUGCUCUACGUAUUUGUGGGGCGGGACUUCAGGCAGAAGGCACGUCAAUCAGUACAGGGCAUCUUGGAGGGUGCCUUCAGCGAGGAAGUUACACGCUCCACUUCCUACUCACGGGACAGGACCAAGACUUCAGCAGACAGGGAUUUCAGCAGCAACACCCUCUAAAACGGGGCUUCUAGACAGCAAUACCAGGGCGGGGGCGGAGGGACACAUUUGCAGUUUCUAUGGCAGUGACUUUUUGCUUUAGGACAGCAGAGCCAGAACAAUGAGUUUGACUAUAAGCUGUAUGAGAUGCCCAUGGGGAAUGGGGCAGUUCCGAGAAGGCCAACCUCCCAUUGAAUAGCCUCCUGAAGAGAGGAGUUAGACAUGCCAAAAACAGGAAUCUUCUGAUGAGACAUACAAGGGAGACAGAGAGCCCUUAUUUGAGAGAGAGAAGUGCACUUGUUAGAUGUGUGGUGGGAUUAUGUAGUUACUCCUUUGACAUUACUGAAUAAGAAUGUGGUUGCAGAAUAUCUAUGUACUACAUUUAUUGAGCAUGUAUCACAUCAUUUGUACCUGCUAAAUUACAGGGAGAAGUAACUUCGACAUUUCUCCUUGGAAUUUGUCAUUGUACCUGUCCCCACCCUUAACUCUGCUUCAGUUGGGACCCUGAACUUUUUUCACAGCAGUGCCCAGCAGGAGUGUCCUCUGGGAAUUCUAGUUUUCCUCACAACAGUGCAUUGUAACAGACAUCCCCUACCUGGUCAUCAGCAUUGGAAGCUGCCUUUCAGGCCAGUAUUCCUAGGGUCUUUCAGUUUCAGUUAACCAUGGCCUUCCUUCCUACUAUUCCUGUCCCCAAAGAGCCACUUCUCUUAUUUUCAUGGCAGCUUAAGGAGAGUUUCUACAUCGCAUAUAAUACAUCACUGCACAGAAUCAAUAACUGGGGCAUAAGGGGCAAUUUCCUGAAAAACAAACCUCAUGCUGUGGACAUGAGUUCAUUAGAAAUAGGACCCUCCUUUAUGGCUUUAGAAGGUCCCCUUGAUAUUACAACCUGAGAUACAGUGAUGAGGCAAUUGAGGUAGAUCCCACCAAUCAUGGAGAUGUCCCUACUGCAUCUAAAGCCGCUGGAUACCCAAGUAAUCAGCGCAGCGACUGCCAUCCAGCAGGUAACCCUGAGUAGGCUGGAGCUGAGUCACCCCUUCUGUAAAAUUUCAGAAGUGAGAUGGCUUGGAAGGUGGUGUGCCUGAAUUCAAACUGUAUGCUUGUGAGACACGAGA